AGACGGUAGAAUAUAGUAGAAAAGUUAAAUUCAUUGACAAAAUUCGAUGGGUUGGAAAUUCAUCUAAUAUACAAAAAUCCACGACAAUAACAUUAAUUCCGUAUUAUAAUAUUUUAAAAAGCACAUUACAAUGUCAAAAGCACAUCCACCAGAAUUGAAAAAAUUCAUGGACAAAAAAUUGUCAAUAAAGCUGAAUGCGGGUCGCGCUGUUACCGGUGUGUUGCGCGGUUUUGAUCCAUUCAUGAAUUUAGUUCUUGAUGAAUCAGUCGAGGAGUGUAAAGACGGUCAGCGUAACAAUGUUGGGAUGGUGGUAAUUCGUGGCAACAGUAUUAUAAUGCUGGAAUCUUUAGACAGACUUUAGUAGACUUGGAGUGGGCAAGAAAUAUCACCAAUGCUGUAAAUGUGCUUCAUGUUUCAUCAAUAAAUAAAUAUAAAACUCGGAUCUAAAACUUAGUUUCUACAGCAACAGCAGCAACAGUAAAAGGAAAAAAAAA